UAGCUUGACUCCCAGCACUAGCAAGUUCAACAAGUUUUGGGGAAUAACAGCCGGGAAUAUAGUCUUACUGCCCUGAGAGAUGUCGCUAAUCUGUCGCUAAAACAUACCGCUUCUGUUAAAACUCAUCCUCGGAAGUCAAAGUUACGAUAAUCUGCGUGUAAAACUCCCCGCCACACGUGUAACGCCAAUCCCGCACAGAUACACAACACUGCCUUCCCGAUUAUGAAUUAAAAUCUGGCCUAUGCUAAUUUAAUGUUGCUUGUACAUAAAUAAACCCCUUUCCAUAUGAUUAUGGUUUACAUUUGAUCCACCUGGUAGUGCUUUGUUAAAAUGUGAAUCUCCAUAGGUGGCCUCGUGUGCCAAAUUCCUUCCGCUUCAAUGCAGUUUAAUGAUUGUUUGCGUGUAAACCAAUUAUAAAGGUUUAAAUUUAACUAAAGUGAGUGAGGUUUGGUGCGUUAUAUGUAUGCCGAAUUUACUAGUAGAUGGUCAAAUUUCAUAAAAAGUACCUUCCAUGUUUUAUAAGGUAGGUUUACAUUUCAGACAGGAAUGGAAAUGUAAAAUUAGCAGAUUUUUGAAGGGAAGAUCAGGUGUACCCUCAUCCAGCCAGUUGAGCCAAUCCAGGCCGUCGUUAGUGAAGAUCAUGUGUACUCCUAAUCCUGGAUUAGCACCUAACCCUUUCUCUGUCAAGUUCUAGACAGAACGCCGCCUAAAAUAUUCCGGCACAUUACCAGCUGAUGCUAUUUCUAUGAUGGACAUGAUUAUUUCCAAGCCAGCAGGCGUCUUCCAAUCCGUCAUCCUGUUGACAUUUAUUAUCCACCACAGGCUCGUCUCUGCCCACGAUUUCUUCACGUUUCUGAGAAUGGGGAACCUGACGUCCUCUUCUUCUGGUGGUCUAUCCAGCUCAGCAUGUGCACAAUAUGUUCAGGAUGUGGUGUCACAUAACUGUGUUGUGAUAUUCUCCAAGACCACCUGCCCUUACUGUAAAAUGGCCAAGAAUGUAUUCAAUGAAAUUGGUGCAACCUACAAAGUGAUUGAGCUGGACGAGCACAGCGAUGGAAGGAGACUGCAAGAGGCCUUAGCUCAGAUGACCGGUGCCAGAACAGUGCCGCGAGUCUUCAUCAACGGGAACUGCAUCGGCGGCGGCUCCGACACCAAACAGCUGCAUCAGCAGGGCAAGCUGGUGCCCCUGAUCGAACAGUGCACUCCCUGCUGUGCCGCCACAAACGGCGAGGGCUCGGGCAGCGGCCACUUCGAGUCAACUAAAUGACUAACCGUUCUUGUUCUUUUUUUAAAGCCUGUAUUUAUUGAAUGUUUGCUUGAUUUUGUGCUUCAGAUUGUACAUUUUUUGAGCAGCAGUAUGAUAUUUAUUUAUCACAGUGGGUUAGAUACUUGAUGUUAGGCUGCCAUCCAGGGUUGUACAGUAUUAUUAAAGCUACAAUCUUUUCAACAAAGCUUGUAAACUGUAGACCUACUGUUCAUGCAUUGUUUUUUUUUUUUGUUUUUUUUUUUUUUUUACCGAUUAUGACAGUCUUAAGUAAGCAUGACCACUCCAUACAGUUACAGUGAAUACAACAAUUAUGUAUACAGUUGUGAUAGCUAUUUAUAUAGUGUAGGUACAGUCAGAAGUUGACAUUUCUCUUUACUCAGUGGAUGUGAGAUGAAAUUAUGCAGUUCAUGUGGUGUUAUUUUUAGCCAUGUUGUAAUCACUGAAAUUACAAUUACCGCUCUUCAUGCAUGAUUACCACAUUUAAUGGUGCCAAAAGUUUCUGGAAAUGUUACACUUCAUUGAAUAAAGUAGUACUUUUUAAA